CCAAGCUCGUAGUCUUAAAACCCCGCUACAACGUAAAACCCUCACAUGUAGAAGCACAAGCAGGCAGAGACCAAAAAGAAAAUGUCUCCGAAUCCUGUAAAUGCUAUUGAUACAUUUUCUUCAUUCUCUCGUUUCAUCACUACCUCUCCAAAAUCCAUUUAUCUAAUUACUAAAAAUCUCCGUGUAAAUCCAAUUCAAAUUAGCAACUUUAGGGUUUCCUCUUCUUCAACAUCUUCUUCUUCUUCACCUCGUCUAAAUUCAGCAUCUGCAAUUUCCAGAAAUGGUGCAGGUUUCAAGGAUAUGGGUCAUUCUAAAAUCAAAAUUAGGGAUAUAAAUAAUGACCCUCUGAGGGUUUCAGCUGUUUCUGGUGGUGGGACAGGCGGUGGUUUUGGGGAUUCAGGUGAUGGGAAUUCAGGUGGAAGCGGUGGAGGUGGAAGUGGAGAUGGAGCUGAAAAUGGUGGGAGUAACUGGUCCCUUAUCUCAUGGUACUUGAAACUUCUUGAGAUGUACCCCUUAUUAACAAAAUCUGUGACGUCUGCUUUAUUGAACUUAAUUGGGGAUUUAGCAUGCCAGAUCUUGAUUGAUAAAGUACCAACUGUGGACGUGAAGCGAACAUUUAUAUUCACUUUCUUGGGAUUCACGUUGGUUGGUCCUGCCCUUCAUUUCUGGUAUCUGUAUUUAAGUAAACUGGUGACCGCCCCAGGAGCUACUGGUGCAGUUUUGAGCCUUGUGCUUGACCAGUUUAUCUUUUCUCCGAUCUUCCUUGGAGUAUUCUUAUCUACAUUAGUGACAUUAGAGGGAAAACCAUCUCAAGUAGUGCCAAAGCUUCAACAGGAGUGGUUCUCUGCUGUGAUCGCAAAUUGGCAAUUGUGGAUACCUUUCCAAUUUCUCAACUUUCGAUUUGUCCCACAGAACUUCCAGGUUUUAGCCGCAAAUGUCGUUGCACUAGCAUGGAAUGUGAUUCUCUCAUUUAAAGCCCACAAAGCGAUUCUUCCCAAACAGGAGUAAGCUAGACCGCUGUUUUGAUUCUGGUAUAAAUCAAUUUUGUGUAUGACGAGCAGAUUACAGCACCUGCAUAGGUGUUCAACUAGGCUUCAGAAGAACUGGGACGACCCCAUAGGCUUCAAAAUUUUGUAUGUAAGUGAUAGAAAUGAUAUUACAUGCUUCUUUCCAAGACUGCAGCUAUGUUGGACAUGAAAACAUUUGCAUAAAUGAAAAACAAGACUUUUUUGUUUUU